CGACAGGCGAAUGACGAUUGUGUUUGUCGUGGUCAUUGAUGAAAUAAAAAUUUUCCGAUAAAUUGUUAAAAAUAAUACAAUUACCAGUUAUUUGCUGACUGGAAAACUUAAGUAUGAAACAUAUGUUUUAAAAUCACCUCUUUUAUUGAAAGGAGCAGUCUAACCACAAAAUGGCGAGCCCUUCACCCCAAAACAGUCCUAUGCCUCCACCCCAGGCCCCAAGUCCCAUGGGGCCACCUCCCUCACAAAGUCCAGCUCCACCUUCCCCUGCUCCUCAAGCUCCAUAUCAAGGUCCCCCACCAUCAGGUCACGGGGGAGGACCGCCACCCCAAGGGCCCUAUCCUAAUGCCUAUCCUGGACAUUCUAAUGUGCCACCCGGUGGUCCAGACCCACAUCCUGGGGGACCGCCUAUGCAAAUGCCACCUGGGGCACUUUCUCAGGGACAACAUCCUGGUCACCCUGGUCCACCACAUGCAGGACCUUAUCCACAAGGAAAUAUGGGUUAUCCACAACAGGGAGGUCCCCCACCUCAAGGGCAUGUUCCGGCAGGUCAUCCUAGUGGUCCUCAGAGUCAUAUGCAGGGUCAUUUAGUUCCAACUCACCCCGGGCCUCAAGGUCAUCUUGGAGGUCCCCCAGGCCCACCUCACCAUUCAGUUCCUCCAGGUCAUCCAGGAUCGCAAGGCCACCCAGGAGGCCAUCCAUCACAUGGUGCCCCACCUCAAGGACAUCACCCUGUCAUACCUCCUCAGGGUCCCCAUGGUAUGCAUCCCAGCCAGUAUCCUGGGCAUCCAAUGCAAAGGCAAAAUCCGGCAUCGCCUGGUCCACAGGGACCUCCAGGUCCUGGCCAGCCGAGAUCUCAGGUUUCAGAAAAUCUGCAUGCCCUUCAAAAAGCCAUCGAUACGAUGGAAGAAAAAGGCAUGCAAGAUGAUCAAAGAUAUUCUCAGUUAAUCGCCUUAAGAGCCAGAACCAGUGCAGCUGCUGUAGGCAAUUCCAUCAUGACUCAGCUCCAGAUGAGCCAGUUGCGAAACCAAAUAAUGGCUUAUAGGUGCUUAUCAAGGAAUCAACCCAUUCCUUCCUCGAUAUUACUAGGCGUCCAGGGAAAAAGACCAGACGGAUCUCCUCAGUUUCCAACUCCACCGUCAAGUCCUUUUCAACCUCAAUCUGCAGGGCAAACGGCAAUUGGACCAGAACAACCUUCCACAAGUGAUGCUUCUGGGGAAGCUGGAACCAGCGGGAUUCCUCCGCAAGGUGUUAAACCCGGUCUUCCAAAUGUGGGUGGUCAGCAGCAGCAGCGAGCUCCAGGACAGCUCAUGCCCAGUAAACAAAACCGCAUCACUGCAUUGCCCAAACCGUGCGGAAUAGAUCCUAUAGUUCUUCUCCAAGAGAGGGAAAAUAGAGUAGCGGCUCGUAUAGCAGCCAGAAUCGAACAAGUAAGCAGUUUGGUGACAGAUAUGUCUGAAAAAUUGCGAGUACAAGCCCAAAUCGAACUACGCGCUCUGCGAUGCCUUAACUUCCAAAGGCAGUUGAGGAGCGAGAUUUUAAGUUGCAUUAGACGUGAUACUACUUUGGAAACGGCCGUCAAUAUCAAGGCCUACAAGAGGACUAAGCGGCAGGGUCUUAGGGAGGCCAGGGCUACGGAGAAGCUAGAGAAGCAGCAGAAGUUGGAAGCAGAACGAAAACGCAGGCAGAAGAAUCAGGAAUUCCUGAACUCGGUUCUGUCUCACGGCAAAGAGUUUAAAGAGUUCCAUCGCCAGAACCAGGCUAAACUCGCUAAAAUCAAUAAGGCCAUUAUUAAUUAUCACGCUAAUGCCGAGAGAGAACAAAAGAAGGAACAAGAAAGAAUCGAAAAGGAACGUAUGCGCAGGUUGAUGGCGGAAGAUGAAGAAGGUUACCGCAAGCUUAUCGAUCAGAAGAAAGACAAACGUCUGGCAUUCCUCCUGUCUCAAACCGACGAGUACAUCUGUAACUUGACGCAGAUGGUGAAACAGCACAAACUGGAACAGGCCACUAAGAAGAGGGAGGAAGAAAGGCGUAAAAAGAAACAGAUGCGAAUGCAAGAACCAGACAGAAAAGUUACCGUCAUGGAAACUGCUACGGGCAAGAAGCUCAGCGGAGAAAAUGCCCCAACUGUCAAACAGGUCCAAGAGUGGCUAAUACAGCACCCCGGUUGGGAAUUGCUAGACACGGACGAUGAAGACGAUGACGAUGAAAGGGACGAGAGGAGAGAAAGAGAAGGAAAAGACCCGAAUGAUCCUAAGACAGUCAUUAAGAAAGCUAAGGUGGAAGAUGAUGAGUAUCAUAAGAAUUCUCUGGAGGAGCAAACUUAUUACAGCAUUGCUCACACUGUUCACGAAAUAGUCACGGAACAAGCUUCUAUCAUGGUUAAUGGCAUGUUGAAGGAGUACCAAGUGAAAGGUUUGGAAUGGAUGGUGUCCUUGUACAACAACAAUCUCAAUGGAAUUCUAGCUGACGAAAUGGGUCUCGGUAAAACCAUACAGACCAUCGCCCUCAUCACCUAUCUCAUGGAAAAGAAGAAACUCAAUGGUCCUUUCCUGAUUAUUGUACCGUUAUCGACGAUUUCGAACUGGAUGUUGGAAUUUGAGAAAUGGGCUCCGACGGUUAUCGUGGUGUCCUACAAGGGUUCACCGGCGGUUAGAAGAGUCAUCCAGAGUCAGAUGAGGGCGGCGAAAUUUAACGUUUUGCUAACCACUUAUGAGUACAUCAUAAAAGAUAAGGGCGUACUAGCCAAGUUACCUUUCAAGUAUAUGAUCAUCGAUGAGGGCCAUCGGAUGAAGAACCACCACUGUAAAUUGACUCAGGUCCUGAAUACUCAUUAUCUCGCACCAUAUCGAUUAUUGCUGACGGGUACUCCUCUUCAAAAUAAGUUACCGGAAUUGUGGGCGUUGCUGAAUUUCUUGCUACCCUCCAUUUUCAAAAGCUGUUCCACCUUUGAGCAAUGGUUCAACGCGCCAUUCGCUACUACUGGCGAAAAGGUGGAACUAAACGAAGAGGAAACGAUUCUCAUCAUCCGUCGUUUGCACAAAGUGUUGCGUCCGUUCCUCCUAAGGCGUCUGAAGAAGGAGGUGGAAUCUCAGUUACCCGACAAAGUCGAGUACAUCAUAAAAUGCGAUAUGUCCGGUUUGCAAAGAGUGCUGUACCAGCACAUGCAAAGCAAAGGAGUUUUACUCACCGACGGCUCGGAAAAGGGUACGAAGGGCAAGGGAGGCGCCAAGGCCCUCAUGAACACCAUCGUCCAGCUCCGGAAGUUAUGUAACCACCCGUUCAUGUUCCAAAACAUCGAGGAGAAGUACUGUGAUCACGUCGGCAUCGCCGGAGGGGUCAUUUCUGGUCCCGAUACAUACCGCGCGUCUGGAAAAUUCGAGCUGUUGGAUCGUAUCCUGCCCAAGUUGAAAGCAACCAAUCACCGCGUGUUGCUCUUCUGUCAAAUGACGCAGCUCAUGACGAUCAUGGAGGAUUAUCUAAACUGGAGGGGAUUCAAGUAUCUCCGCCUGGACGGUACAAUAAAAGCCGAGGAUCGUGGUGAUUUGCUGAGGAAGUUCAAUGAUAAUAAUAGCGAAUAUUUUCUAUUCUUGCUCUCUACCAGGGCGGGAGGUUUAGGAUUGAAUUUGCAAACGGCUGACACUGUUAUUAUAUUCGAUUCGGAUUGGAAUCCGCACCAGGAUCUGCAAGCUCAAGAUCGUGCUCACCGUAUCGGCCAGCAGAACGAGGUGAGGGUGUUACGUCUCAUGACGGUGAAUUCAGUGGAAGAACGUAUCCUCGCCGCAGCUAAAUACAAAUUGACUAUGGACGAGAAGGUUAUCCAGGCUGGUAUGUUCGAUCAGAAGUCGACGGGGUCGGAGCGGCAACAGUUUCUGCAGAGUAUUUUACACAAUGACGGAAGCGAUGAAGAGGAAGAGAAUGAAGUUCCCGAUGACGAGACGGUCAACCAGAUGGUCGCGCGAAACGAGGACGAAUUCCAGCUCUUUCAAAAAAUGGACACGGACCGUAAAACAGACGAGGAGAAUUUGGGAAUGCACCGCAAGCAUCGCUUAAUUCAAGAAAGCGAAUUGCCUGACUGGCUGUUAAAGCACGACGACGAAGUGGAAACUUGGAGCUUCGACGAUCCGGACGCCCUAUUAGGAAGAGGCACAAGGCAGAGGAAAGAAGUCGACUAUGCUGACAGCCUCACCGAGAAAGAAUGGUUAAAAGCGAUCGACGAGGACGGCGAUUAUGACGAUGAAGAAGAAGAGGAGAAAGAAGUUAAGAAGAAGAGGGGUAGGAAGAAGAGGAAGCGAGACGAUUCUGAUGAAGAUAUUACCAGCAGUGGUAGGAAGAGAAGGCCUCCUCAGAAUCAAGCAGAGGCGAAGUUUAAGAAGAGGAUGAAGAAGUUGAUGAAUAUCGUCAUAAAUUACACUGAUAGAGAUGGGCGUCAGUUAAGUGAUCAGUUUAUAAAACUGCCGCCGAGGAAGGAAUAUCCGGACUAUUAUACGAUAAUUAAGAAACCAAUUGAUAUUACUAAAAUUAUGAAUUACAUCGACGAUGGAAAGUAUUCGGACUUUAUGGACCUGGAGAGGGACUUCAUGCUCCUCUGCCAAAACGCCCAGAUCUACAACGAGGAAGCCUCCAUAAUCCACGAGGACAGCAUCGUGCUCCAAUCAGUAUUCUCAAACGCCAAACAGAAAAUCGAGGCCGCCAUCGAUUCCGAGGAAGAGAAGGAAGAUAACAAUUCCGACGUCGACUCCUCGUCCAGGGGUAAAGGUAAGACUAAAGUUAAGAGGAGACCGGGCAGGCCCAAGCGGGUGGUUAAGAAAUACAUAUCGGACGAGGACGAUGACGACGAUUGAGUUUCCUAGUAGGUUUAAGUUUAUAGGAUGCCACUUGUGCAAAAUUGUGCUGAUAACGGUGAAUUUCGGUAAUUGUGCGUUGCCUUGUUCUUUUCUGGCCGGCCUCUAUUUUCAAAGCUGCUGAAUAAUUGUUAAUGCUUUACGUUGAAAAAAAAUUCGUACGAGUUUUGAUGUUUGAGGGUGUAACGUACCUUUUUAUUUUGUUAGGUAUUGCAUCAAGAAUCGGGGAGCGCUUUGUUUGAGUUUAAGAAUGUUUUGCCCUUGGAACUCCGAUUUUUGAAAUGCAGGGUGUCUUUUUUAUAUUUAAAUGUUUUCUGAGGAGUACAUUACUAAAAUGGCUUUCAACAUGGAAAAAAAAAAUUAAAUAUAUAGAUCUCACAGGGUGUUUACCAAUCUGGAAAACUUAGAAUUAUCAGAAAAAUGUCAGGGACUUUCUCAAAUUUUCGUAGAAUUUUGUCAAAUUUCAAUUGUAAUUGGUUUUUAUUUACUGCCACUGAAUGCCAUGUCGCCGAGAAGUAAAUUUGCCUCUAAUUUUAUAUCAUCUAUCUGUCGUUAACAAUUUUAGUGAGUAGUUAAAACAUUUUUUAUCGAAAAAUGUAAAGAUGCUUAUUAUGAAUACGUAUGAACUACUGUGGUUAUUUUUUUAACCGUGUAUCGCUAAUGUUACUAAAUUUUAAGAACGCGCAGUUUGACGAUAAAAUAUUAACGACGAUCUUUAAUUUGGAAAAUAGCAUUGAGAAUUGUUCUAAUCUUUGAUUAAAUAGAAACAAAAAAAAAAAAAAAAUUAAAAAUUCAAGCUGGUAAGCAUUUAUACUAUUAAAAUUUUCUUUAUUCACAUUUUGAUUUAAGAUUCUUUUAUUAUUAUUUAUAUAAAACUGACCAUUCUGGGUUCUGUUCCUAUUUCAAUAACAAAUUCGCAUAUUUUUAUUGUUGAUUAUUUAAAUAUUUUAUUUUAAAUUGAGUUCCUUACAUAUACAAGGUGUUUGUAAAUA